GUAUCAGAGAUACUUCAACAUGUAAGCUGAACUCACUACUAGGAACCUUGUUGCAUGAUAUCCCCGGAAGCCCCGUCAUUCGUUUAUGUUAUGCUCACAACGAGACGCGGGCAUAUCAAAGGUCCACGGCCGGAUCCAGCACGGGCCUCGUCUUCGCCAUGUACAAUAUCGGAUCCGUGGCGGCCGUCUUCUUCACGGGGCCGGUCAACGACUACUUCGGCCGGCGCGUUGGCAUGUUUGUCGGCGCGCUGCUCGUGGUCGUCGGGACGUGCGUGCAGGCGCCGAGCACACACCAGGGCCAGUUCCUGGCGGGCCGCUUCGUGCUGGGGUUCGGCGUCAGCUUCGCAUGCGUCUCGGCGCCGUGCUACGUGUCGGAGAUGGCGCAUCCCCGGUGGCGCGGCACGCUGACGGGGCUGUACAACUGCACGUGGUACAUCGGCAGCAUCAUCGCGUCGUGGGUCGUUUACGGCUGCGCCUUCAUCGACAGCCUGGACGCGUGGCGCAUCCCCAUCUGGUGCCAGAUGGUCACGUCGGGCAUCGUGUGCCUGGGCGUGUUCUGGCUGCCCGAGAGCCCGCGGUGGCUGAUGGCGCAGGACCGGCACGACCAGGCCGCGCGCGUGCUGGCCGCGUACCACGGCGAGGGCCGGCUCGACCACCCGAUGGUGCGGCUGCAGAUGCGCGAGAUGCUGAGCCAGAUCUCGACCGAGGCGUCCGACAAGAAGUGGUACGACUACCACGAGCUGUGGAACACGCACUCGGCGCGGCGGCGGCUGGUCUGCGUCGUCGGCAUGGCCGUGUUCGGCCAGAUCAGCGGCAACAGCCUGUCGUCGUACUACAUGGUCAACAUGCUCCGGUCGGCCGGCAUCACCGACGAGCACAAGGUGCUCGCGCUCAACGGCAUCAACCCGGCCCUGUCCUUCAUCGGCGCCGUCCUCGGCGCGCGCAUGACCGACGUGGUCGGCCGCCGCCCGCUGCUGCUGUACACCAUCGUCUUCGCCUCGGUCUGCUUCGCCAUCCUCACCGGCACGAGCAAGAUGGCCACCGACGACCCGUCCCAGACCGCCGCCGCCAACACGACCAUCGCCUUCAUCUUCAUCUUCGGCGUCGUCUUCUCCUUCGGCUGGACCCCGCUGCAGAGCAUGUACAUCGCCGAGACGCUGCCCACGGCGACGCGCGCCAAGGGCACCGCCGUCGGCAACUUUGCCUCGUCGGCCGCGUCGACCGUGCUGCAGUACGCCUCGGGCCCGGCCUUUGAGCGCAUCGGCUACUACUUCUACCUGGUCUUUGUCUUCUGGGACCUGGUCGAGGCUGCCGUCAUGUACUUCUACUUCCCCGAGACCAAGGACCGCACCCUCGAGGAGCUCGAGGAGGUCUUCUCGGCCCCGGACCCGGUCAAGAAGAGCCUGGAGAAGAGGAGCGCGCUCACCGUGCUGAACACUGUCGGCGCCGGCGCCGCUGCUGGGGAGGAGAAGCUCGCGGAGGAGAAGCUCGCGGAGCUUGCCUGAUAAAUAAUACGUAAGGUAGUGUAAGUACGGUACUUAUCGGAGGAUGGAGAAUUGGAGACGCUGGGUUGGGG